AUGGUUCCGCAUGAAUCUCCAGACAUGAAAUUUGCACGAGAUCGUCUUGGGAACUUGCUAACGUCUAUACGACAAGGCGAAGCACCGUGGCUGAAUCCGAUGGACAGGAAACCAACAGUGGAGACAGUCGAGCUAAGAAGAGGACCAGGCCGUCCAAGGAAAGUCCAGAGCAAGGACAAACAAGUUGUGUUUGAAUUACGCGGAAAACCAUUUGGUCUACGUGAUGGACAUACUGAUUCGAUGUAUCAGUUAUGCAGAGCUUGGAUGCGUGGUAAAGCCUCUGAACCAUGCGAACCACAGCAGCCUGCACCACCACCCGUUGAUACAUCCUUGGUACGUAUGAGCAUCGUGUGGAUUUGCAUUCUAAAAUGUCUUCGACAUCUUGGGAGUACGUGGGAAACCUAUGAAAAAAAAACUAUGGCAUUUUGA